AUGAUUGCUCAAGCCCAGUCAGGCACCGGAAAGACGGCCACCUUCCUUCUGGCCAUGCUCAGUCGCGUCGACGUCUCCUUAUCCAGAUGUCAGUGCCUCUGUAUGGCUCCGACGCGCGAGUUGGCCGUUCAGAUUGCCAAUGUUGGCCGCCAGAUGGCGCAAUUCAUCGACGGGCUUAACAUCGGUCUGGCAGUGCGGGAUGCAAUCCCUGAUGUCGAUGCAGAUAAUUACGUGAAAAACCACAUUCUGAUUGGCACACCGGGAACUGUUGCCGGAUGGAUGCGCGGCACCGGCCGGUUUCGAAUCGAUCGCCAGGCCCUGAAAAUGUUUGUCUUGGACGAGGCGGACAUUAUGAUGGAGGAGGAUGGCUUCCUGCAUAUCUCUCGUCGCAUUGUCAACCAUCUGCCACCUGACUGCCAACUGCUUCUGUUCUCUGCCACUUAUGAUGAAGACGUGCUGGACUUCGCCCACUCAAUAAUUCCGAACCCAGUAGAAUUUCGCGUUCGGCGUAAUCAGUUGACUUUGGCCAACAUCAAGCAGUUCUACAUUCUCUCACCGUCCUCGGAUAUCAGAUAUGCGCGUCUCGCGGAGAUCUACGGCUCUUUUCACACUCGGCGAGAGGCAAAUUGGUUAGAGCGGAGGAUGACUGCUGACGGACACAAAGUCAGACUCCUCUCCGGUGAACUGGAUGUUCAUGAGAGAGAAAACGUUAUCUCUCAGUUCCGAAGCGCCGAUUUCCGUGUCUUGAUCACUACUAACUUGUGUUCCCGAGGUCUAGACGUACCACAAGUAAAUUUGGUAAUCAACUGGCGCCUGCCCUUGAAUCGCCAAGGUGCGGUGGACUGUGAAACCUACCUUCAUCGGAUUGGCCGAUCUGGGCGCUUUGGAAAGGGUGGCUUGGCUAUAAACUUUGCCGGUCCCGAAGAUGAACCACUAUUGCAGCAAUUGGAAAACCAUUUUGGUGCGUUUGGUUCUAUUAUUGCAUUAUUGCGUAUCCACCACUAUCAUUAUGCGGGGAAACCUGUGACUAAAACCUAUUUCGAGAUACCUCUCCGUGGAGACACUGUUAAAUGA